AGCAGGGGACGGUGCAGCUGCGUCACCCACACACCCACAUCCACGUUGUUUACACUUGAACGGCCUCAGGGCAACGUGGCUGUGCUUCGCGUCCCCGCUGCGGGAUUACCGUGAUUGUGCAUUUUCCUGCAGUUUCCGCUCGUCUUUUGUGGAAAGUACACUGUGUACUGUGUCCUCCACUUUAGCCGAGGCGGUGCUGCCCUCGCGUGUCGCCGGGCGGAGGUGCAGUGAAGCCGGGGCUGGUCCAGCUCUCCGCCCCGCUACCGUUUGUGUCAGGCGGAACUCUGCAAACUGCGCUGCACCAAAGUGUGGCCCCGGUUCUGAUCGGCCUGUGCUCUGUAAUUCCACUUCCCUGGUUUUUGCAUUAAAUUUGGGUGUCGCUCCGCGGACGAUGAUGAUGAAGAGGAGCAGGCAUCCGAGCAGCAGCGAAGACUCUGACAAUGGCAGUAACUCCACCUGCUGGUCACAUUCAUCUCAACACAGACGAGGGACAGGACAGAAGCCCUCAGAGGUGUUCCGUACUGACCUGAUCACAGCCAUGAAGGUGCCGGAUUCAUAUGCCCUGAAUCCGGAGGACUUCUACUUCUUGGCCGACCCCUGGAGGCAGGAGUGGGAGAAGGGGGUGCAGGUCCCCGUCAGUCCCCACUCCAUCCCACAGCCCCUGGUCAGAGUGCUGUCGGAGAAGGGGAAGGAGGUGAUGUUUGUGCGUCCCAAGAAGCUGAUCCGGACGUCGGGCUCGGAGGCUCUGGGAUACGUGGACAUCCGGACUCUGGCGGAGGGAAUGUGCCGAUAUGACCUGGAUGAGGAGGACGUAGCCUGGCUGCAAGAGGUCAACCAGGAGUUCAGCGACAUGGCGUUGCCUCGUGUGGAUGAGGCGUCCAUGGAGCGUGUGCUGGAGGAGCUGGAGCGGCGUUGUCACGAGAACAUGGCAGUCGCGGUAGAGACGCAGGAAGGGCUGGGCAUCGAGUUUGACGAGGAUGUGGUGUGUGACGUGUGCCGCUCGCCCGAUGGAGAAGAGAACAACGAGAUGGUCUUCUGUGACAAGUGCAACAUCUGCGUGCACCAGGCCUGUUAUGGGAUCCAGAAGGUGCCCACCGGGAGUUGGUUGUGUCGAAUCUGUGCCCUGGGGAUCCUCCCGAAGUGUCAGCUCUGUCCAAAGAACGGAGGAGCCAUGAAGCCGACUCGCAGUGGGACGAAGUGGGUCCAUGUCAGCUGUGCCCUGUGGAUACCUGAGGUGAGCAUUGGGAACCCAGAGAAGAUGGAGCCGAUCACAAACGUGUCUCACAUCCCCAGUAACAGAUGGGCCCUGAUCUGCUGCAUCUGCAAAGAGAAGACGGGGGCCUGCAUCCAGUGCUCGGCCAAGAACUGCCGCUCUGCUUUCCACGUGACCUGCUGCCAACACGCUGGCCUUGAAAUGAACACGAUUCUGACCGAAGAGGAGGAGGUCAAAUUUAAAGCGUUCUGCCCCAAACACUCAGGUCUGGAGGAGUCUGAAGAUGGACAGGACCCAACCGGGGACGGUCAAAGCCCCAAGAACUCCAAACGAACCAACAAAAGAGAUGAGGAGAGCGUCGCCGAAGCGGAAAAGAGGGUGAAUCUACGGAAACUGAAGCUACAAGAGAUGGAGGAUGAGUUUUAUAAAUUUGUGGAUCCAGAGGAGGUGGCAACGCAUUUGAAAGUCGCCCGGGAAACAGUGGACUUCCUGUUUCAGUACUGGAAGCUGAAGCGAAAAGCGAACUUCAACCGGCCGCUGGUGACGCCCAAAAAAGACGAAGAGGACAGUUUGGCACGACGUGAACAGGAAGUGUUGAGAAGGAGGCUCCAGCUUUUUACGCAUCUGAGGCAGGACCUGGAGAGGGUGCGUAACCUGACCUACAUGGUGACCCGGAGGGAGAAGAUGAAACGCUCCAUGUGGAGGAUCCAGGAGCAGAUCUUUCAACACCAGGUCCGACUUCUGGACCAUAAACUGCACUCAGGCGACCCGUCGGCCAAAGACCUGGAGCAGCUGCUGUCUCUUGGCCUGGUCUCGUCUCAGUCCACUCUGAAUCACACCUCUUCCUCAACGUCCCGGAAAUCCAAACAUCACAAGAAGAAGAAACGCAGGAAAAGCCACGAACAGAGAGAUUUAGCACAUUCAAGUCCAUCUGAAAAAGCCACACUCCAAACCCAUAGCCAAACCCAUAGCCAAACUGCUAACGAUGUCACUUGUGAGGCUCUGGAGGCUAAAUUUGAACUGCAAAAUGAGGAAAUCCAACCCCAAAAUUUUGAGCAAGAUGUUGCCAUAAAAGUUGAAGGCAAAAGAAAUGAAGAUGGUGAAGUUUUAAGGCAUAAACGCAAUCUCAAAAAGCAAGAAAAACGGAAAAAAACUACACAAAAUGGAUUCAAAGACCGCCAGUUGUCCAUACACUUGGUAGACAUUCGCCAUAAGGAUUCUGAUAGCUACGUUAUGUACGGAGACUGGGACGCUAAUGAUGCUAAUGUGCGGCUAAAGGCUAACCCAAUAGUUCCAAAUGGGUUGUCGAAGAAACAUCAAGCUAACGGCACGGCUAACGGGAGAAGUUGGGGGAAAUUCAGGAUCCCGAAACGGAAAUUUGAAAACGAGGAUUUGAACAAGCAGCGUAAGGCUAUGCUAAAGCCGCUAACAAACUCGAAACAGCGACUGGAUGCUGAUUCUGAUUUGAAACGUUGCAACGGGAAUGAAGGUACGCUAACUCGACGCUAUGAUUUUAUCCGCCGCGGAGUACUAGCGUCCUGAUAGCGAAAAUGAGGUGUUCCGCGUAGAAAAACAAAAAGCUCUUUACAUAUUUUGUGAUAAUGCCUAGAGUAAGCCAGAGGUGAUAUUUAUUUUGUAUGUUGCUACAUAUUUGGAAUUAUUUUGAGCUAGGAUUAUUUUUUCAAUGUUAGAGAUGUCAAGUUGCCAUAUGAGGUGGAAAAGCUCAGCAGUUUGAAGUGCGUUUGAAUGAGUUCACAGGCAACCACAAAUCCAAGAUUCGUGGUUAUAUUUUCCUUUUUCAAUUUAGACUGAAUAGUUUUUUUUAAAUAGUGAAAAUUCAAAAGAUGGUUUAUUCCAGUUCGAUAUAAAUUGGAUAGCACAUAAUUUAACUCCCAACAGAGGGCGACAUUACCAAUGGAAAGGUUUUUUGUUUAUAUAUAUAUAUUUUAUACCAUAAAACUGGUACCAGAUUUCCACAACAUAAUCCUUGAAGGAUAUGUUUGGAGUGCUCAGAUCCCAGCCAGCCAAUAGCGAUGAAUAAUCUAGGAGAAAAUGUGUAACUGUCCAGAAGAAUUGACCAAAAGAAAUAUGACAAAAUAGUACAAAAAUCACAUUUCAGAACAUGUUCAAAACAUGUACAGAUCUAAUCUACAGGGAUAACAUGCAGAAUAAGACACACAGGGACAUUUCAGAACAUGUUUGUACAGAUCUAAACUACAGGGUUAGCAGGGUUAACAUUGGAGUUUUCAUACUUACAAGCGCUGUACCUGACUUUUAUUUCUUUAAGAAUGUUAAAAACAGCUAGUUCACUUAACAGUUUGGUCCAAAGUUAUUUCUCACUUACCUCAUGCAUUCAGAACACCCUAAUUAUUCACCAUGAUGAGUUUAUAAGCACUUUUCACAACUUUUAGAGACCAGAGCUGAGUUUUGUCAUAACAGUAAAGCUAACAACUAGCAGGCUAACUCGCACUUCCUGAUUCUCGAACAAUAAAACGCUUUAUAAAUGGAUGCAGGCUUAUUCUAGGAGCAGCUUACACAAUACAUCUGCACUGGGAAAGACACAUUUUGGUCAAAUACACUGGGCAAAUCUGGUACUACAGAUUUUUUGCCACCCCAAUUCAUUUUUACUAUUCAAAUAUUUUUCAGUAUUAUUGCGCUGGUUCUUGGACCUUCUACCACGUGUACAGAGUUUUGUAACUGGGCUCAAAUUAGAGUUAAUCUUUUCAGUUGGGAUCUUUGUUUGGAUAAUGUUAGUCUUUGUUAUGUCAUUACUUGUAUACUGACUUGAACUUAAAAUAGUGUUAAUUAAAAAGGUCCUGUAUUCUGAUGGAUGCCUCACUCAAACUCACCUUAAACUGAACCAAGCCUCUUAUUUUCUCAAGUGUGAUUGUAGUUUGGGACCAUAAGCUCAGAUGUAAACCAGCCCUGUUUCCACUACAUGAUACAGUUCAUGCUAUUAGGUAGAGCUAUACUUUUAGUCAAAUUUUAGUAGUUUUUUUAAGUCAUCUUGAUGUAUUUUAGAGAGUUUCAUCAUCAAUUUUAAGUGUUACUCUAGUAUAGUCUUACAUUAUUACAAAAAUACUCCAAAAAUGAAAUAAGAAAAAUAUAUAUCUGUAUUGGUGCUUCAGUAGCUCCAUCAGGUGGUGGUUCAAUUUCCUGCUACUGGCAUCGUACACUGUGCUGCCCUUGAUCAAGACACUUCAGUCAUCUUUAUCAAUGUGCUGCUGUGGGUUGUAGAAGGAAAAUUAAUAUAUAUUAAAAUCAUUAAAGAUUAAAAAAAAUUGGUCUCAAAUGACCAGUACACGUGUAUCUGCAGGUUUAACUCUGCAUCUAUGGCAUUGUUCAAUGAAAAGUGUAGUGUAGUUUUGUGUUAAAUUUUAUUUAAACCCAUUUUGGUCCUAAUUUUCUUUUCAUAUUCAUAAUAAACCAUGAUCUGACCCAUAUAGUGUGGAAACGGGGCUUGUGUAUUUACCAUAGACUGUAUAAAAUGGAUUGAGUGAGUGUGACGUCAUCCACGGCGUUCGGCUCCAGUGAAAUGAAGCUCAUUGAGGCUAGAGCCGUUUUAGGGGACAAUUUGGAGCAGAGGUCCAUAUUUGGAAUUCUGAUCGUGAGUAUCAUAGCAACCAAAGAGCCAAUCUGCAGCAAAGCUGUUGAAGGUACCACCCCUUCCCACCCACACCUCUGAUUUAGCAGGGAGCUGGCGCUUGGCAACACUGUCAAUCAAAUCCUGUUGCUAACGCUAGUGGGCGUGACCUCGGAGAAAGAAGGGGUCUGAUUUGCCAUUAAUGUUCAUAUCUUGUUUCGAGGGCAAAAUCGUGAAAUAAAAAUACAAGGGUCUUGUAGGGGGGGUUAAUACAAACAUUUUAAUACACUAAAAUGAUGAGGCUCACUGAAUCGAUGGAACCAGAAGCACGACCAUGCUCACUUAUUUGGACCGCGUCGGUUAGCACGUUAGCUAUGUCCAUGUAUGUAUACAGUCUAUGGUGUUGAUGUAUUUUUGGAAAUAAUAGUUAAUCUUCAGGCAGGAGUCACAGGCUUAAAUCAGUGUAGGACUUGUCUCUCUGCUUCAGACUUGGAUGUUGUGAAUGAUGUGAGCAUUUAGCUGUAGCUGAACUUGUGCCUAAACUUUUGUCAAUGACGCGUUUGCACUACGGAGCGUCCGCCGUCGACCUCCGCCGCUGCUCUACUGCUGUUAUGCAAGUCUGUUCUGUCUUGAAAUAAAA